AAUACCUCAUCCGCUGUACAGGUUUGAAAGUGUCACUCCGUGCCGAAAAUUGAGCAAAAUUCUUCCUGUCACUCUCGCAUGCAUGCAACGCAAGAAAUCUCUGCUCGCUAGUUUAGGAGUGAUACAAGUAGACGGGCCACAACGCGAUCGGCUCUAUUUGUAUUAAUUUGUGUGUAACCUUGGCACUUGCAUGGACUUAUCGAGAAAAUGAGCUUUUCAGCGUGGUCUUGAAGAAAGCACGCGUACGCCUCGUUCCGUAGUUUGAUGGGAUUUGGUCUUCACCAACCUGGGCCUUGCUCACCCAUCCCUCCAUGGCCACACCGUCACGCGUAACACCGAGUGAAGCUGUAAUCGCCGACUUGCUCGCUAGCUACAGUGUAGCUCUGGCUGAUUUCAGCGCUUCAGCUUUUACAAACUGCCAUAGGAUACCAAAAAUUAAUUGAUGAGCCCCGGCGCGAACCUUUGCCGAGAAUGACGGACCGAGAGGAGGAGGCAUCGGCCGCUAGGCAGCCAAGAAAAUCACUCGGACUCACGCCCAACACCAGUGGCAGUAGUCUGAGCCGCUCAGAAAGCACUGGCAAGAGCAGCAAAGGCAAGCUCAAGAUCUGGAAGAAGGUCAAGCGCUUCGGACAAGGCAGUGGUGGUGGUGCCACUAGCAGCAAGAAACGUGACUCGAAUGAAAGCGCCGACCUUGGAUUACCGUCUUCUCCCACCCCUGACCUGGACGAUGUGGACGGGUUUGACUACGAGGGUCAAGUAGAAGAGCUGGAUCAGUCGCCUAUGCACUCUCGCAGCCAGCUGAGCAUCGAUCCCCUGGAGGCAGCGUCGGUACGGUCCGUGUCUCCAUUGCCACCCAUCACACCCGACUCGGCGGCACACUCCCAGAGCAGCUUCAGCGAGCCACCUCCCAACGAGAGCAGCACCGAGUCCACGGCUGGACGGCUAGAUCGUUCGGCUAGCAUCGAUGCAGACAUGAAGACACCUGACCCACUCGCAGCCAGUGCUCCUAACCCGAUGGACGCCGAAGAUGUGCUGCGGAGGCGAUCCGCUCAAGGUGUUUCGCCAUCACGCAGCUUUGCUGGUCCGUUUGACACCGCGUUUGCCGGUGCUCAAAGGGAGCAUCGCCGCUCGGAGCCCAUGCACGGCGCCAUGCUGAAGCCACAGCUGGGCAACUCGGCGUCACACGACCUGUCGCCGCUGCGAAAGCGCCUGGGAGCGACCGUUGGGGCGACAGGAACCGCCCCAUCGUCGUUUGAUGAGACGCCACCGCAGACCCAGACUCAGCACGGCUUUCCGUACAUUCUGGCAGUGACGAUUGUUUCCGGACACAGCCUAGUGGCCCGCGACUCUAACGGACUUAGUGACCCAUACGUCAAGAUGAAGAUUGGCUCAGGAUAUUCUAAAGCCAAGACCACCAUUGUGCACAAGAGCUUGUCGCCUAUCUGGAACGAAAGCUUUGACCUCGGUGUAUACAGCCUGGAUGACUCUGUGCUUCUGCGUGUGUAUGAUCAUGACUUAAUCGGCUCUGACGACAGCAUGGGAAGGACGGUUGUCAACCUCGCCAAGUUACCACUCGAAGUGGACACGGAAUUGCGCUUGGGACUGGAGUCCACCGACGGCCAUGCCAUGGAGGAGCUGGGCUACAUCAUGGUGCGCUUGCAUAUACAGAGCGUGGAAAACCUAGGCCCGUCUUCUGACAAGCUGCUCAGGCGCAAGGGAACCGUGUGGCAACGUACUGCCGUGUGUCUGUGUGGCCAUCGCAAGUGUAGACCAAGCCGCCUUGCCACCAAUAUCACCUCCACCAACACCACCACCAACAACACCUCCACCUCCACUGCUGCCACCGCUGCCCUUGGCUGCUUUGAGUCCGGCAGUACCCAGAAGAAGCCACUGCCGCUGCGACGUCGCUCAUCCGGUGAGGGUGUCACUCAGUCCGGUAGCAGCUGUCACUUGUCCUCUCGCAAAUGCGGUGCCGUGGCACGCAGUAUUCUCUCUGUUACCCUCUUGUCCGGCUCACAGCUAGCCGCUAUGGACGAGAACGGGUUCAGUGACCCGUACUGCAAGUUCCGCCUCGGCGCCGAGAAGUGGAAAAGUCGCAUCAUCACCAAGAGUUUGAAUCCGGAAUGGAAGGAGAAGUUUGAGAUGCGAAUGAUCGAUGGUGCCAGUGACAUUCUCUACGUGACGGUGUUUGAUAAGGACUACGCAUCCAAGGAUGACUUCAUGGGGAGCUGUGAGGUGGACAUAGCGUCUUUGGCACCGGACGUCACUCACAACUUGACCAAAACGUUGGCGGACGGCGAAGGCGAAAUCAACUUUCUCCUAACCAUCACAGGUUUGAAGGAUCCGUCAGACUUCGCUGGUGUUGACCCGCAAGAUCCGGAGUCGCUACGCACCGACCAAGUACUCCAGUCCUACUGCUUACAGAAGACUAUGACUGAUUUGCAGGAUGUUGGCAUUCUGAUGGUCAAAGUGAUCAAGGCGGCGGGACUGACUGCGGCGGAUAUUGGCGGAACGAGCGAUCCGUUUGUGACGAUAGAGCUGGGCAACUCCAUGGUGCGCACGGAGACCGUGUACAAGACGGUGAACCCGGAGUGGGGAAAAGUGUUCUUCUUGAAAGUCAAAGACAUCCACUCUCAGCUUGACAUCACUGUGUCAGAUGAAGAUCGUGACAAGUCAGAGUUUCUUGGACGUAUUAAGAUACCUCUGUUAUCGAUCAUACCUGGUGAGACACGUUGGUACGCCCUGAAGGACACCAAGCUGCGCUCCAUUUACAAAGGGCAACUGGAACUGCAGUUUGACCUCAUCUACAACCCGAUUCGCGCUAGCAUCCGUACGUUCAAUCCGUCGGAGAAGAAGUACAUCGAGGAGAGCGAGAAGUUUAGUCGACAGGUGUUGAGUGCCAACAUCACGCGUGUCAUGUCCCUCGUACGCACGGUGAGUGCGUUUGUGGAGUUCAUCAACUCCCUCUUCCUCUGGAAGCACAAGCUGCAGACGUCCUUCGCGUUCCUGAUUUUCGUGGCCGUGGUGUUGACGUUCGACUUGUGGAUGGUUUUCGCCUUCUUGCUGUCAGUCUUCAUGGUGCAAUACUUCCGUAACAAUGUUGGAGCUACCAACCAGACCAGUCCCUAUCAAGUCUCCUCCGAAGAUACGGUAUCUAGUGAUGACGACGAGGAUCAUGUUAUUCAGGACAAGAAAGGUUUGCGGCAGCGCUUACAAGAUCUGUAUAACAUAUGUCUGACGGUGCAGAACGGCUUGGAUAUGGUCGCUGGUUUGGGAGAACGGGUGAAAAACACUGUGAACUGGACGAUACCGUUCCAGUCGUGGCUGGCAAUGGCCGUGCUAACCAUUGCGAUGGUUGUCACCUAUCUGAUCCCGCUGCGAUAUCUUGUGCUACUUUGGGGCAUCAACAAGUUCACUAAACGCCUGCGUAAACCCAACUUCAUUCCAAACAACGAGCUUCUGGACUUCCUUUCACGGACGCCAUCGGACCCGGAGUUGGUGGAGCGAUCUGUUGUCACAGCUGCGGUGAACACGCAGCAAAAGUCUCAGAAGAAAAAGAAGAAGCGCUAAUCUCAGCAUUCUCUUCCAUAAACUGCAGUAGCAGUCAUGUCCGUGCAGCCUGCCCACCUACUGCAGCGGUUGCUGUUACUGCUGCUGAGGGAGCUGGAGAGCUGGGCCCCAAUCCUGCCCGGUACCUAUACAUGCCGUGCGUGGUGCACCUAUGUACAGUGAAGUGCUGUCACUUGGUGUUGCACUCAUCCACGGCGGUGUAACAGAUACAACCAGUGGGUAUUCGGUGGUGUUGGUAAUGUGCCGGCAUGUCGGACGGUGCCUGUGAGAACUGGCCUAGAUGAUAGCAUGGCUGGUGCCACGUACACAAUCCCUUUAUCAUUGUGCUGGAAAAAAGGAGACGCCAGCGUCUCCACCGUGCAGGCGUCUCUAUCACUGUACGCCGGACUAUGCAAGCGUACACGCUUGCUCUCGUUAGAAAUCAGCAUGCCGUCGCUGCGCUCUACAUUGCGUCUGCCUGCUCGCUGCUGCAAACCUGUUGAUAUCUGUCUCUGGCCCGCCGUAUGUUUGGUAAAUAGCGUCAAUCGUACUGGCAAUCAAGAGUCUUGUCCAGUCCCUUGAGCUUGAUUCUCUCGCCGAUCCGUGUGCAGCAUGUAUUAGUGAAGCCACUGUUUAUGUUCAAUGUACACUGUGUGUGUGUGUGUGCGCGCGCGCGCGCGCGUGUGUGUGUGUGUGUGUGUGUGUGUGUUUCUGAGUAGGUUGUGGGCUGCUAAAAUUUGUAGUUUGUCAUCAACAUGUCUUGUACUACUUGCCAUGCGCUGGGUCGCAUCAGUGUCUUGCUGCCUACCCGUCUUGAUCAAUGCUUUUACCGUAUUUUGCACGAUAACCCCCCCCCCCCCCACCCUCGCACAGUGUCAUUUUUAUCCAUGUUUUAUCCAUGCUGCGAGUCUCGUAAUUGUUUUGAUGAAUGGCGUUUCCCUGCUCUGUACAGUGAAUCAAUCACGCGCUUUAGCUGCGUAAACGUAUUUCCAACUCUCUACUCACCGUCCUAUUAUAAAAAAAGUGUUUUCAGUUUCGUCUCGUUUUCCUAGCCACAUUUUCAGUUUUCAAUUCGCUUUUCUAAGCACAGAGUCAGUUUUCGACUCGUUUUCCUAACCCAGCCUUUCGGCCAUUGACUUGUCAUGGCUGCUUGACAAUUUUUGUGUAUUUUCGCUGAGCAUUUCCAUGUUCUCUGCUGCCCGUGUUUGUCGGCACUGGGAGAUGCUUUCUGGGACGUUUCCCCUUGUGGCUUUUCGCCCGUUGAAUCGACGCCGUCGUUUUCAUGUUGUUGCUGAUGCAUGCACGCCGCCGCUCGGCCGCUCGGCGUGGUUCCGCUGACGCCUGCAUAGUAUAUGACUAUUAGUGUAGUACACACGCGUGUGUGCUGGUCUGCAAUGGCUUUGCGUGACUGUCAAGACUCAGGAUCGCCUUGUCCUUGUGUUGUAUGCAUAUGCAUGUAGUGAGCCGUACCCGUUUAAGCAUCAUUUUUAUGAUACUUUUAAAAUGGAUUUUAACCAAAAAUUAAA